AUGGACGGCCCUCCACCUCAAGAGGAGGAUUUUUCGACACUAUCCAUAGCUGACCGGCUCGCGCACAAAAAUUGGAAGGCCCGCGUCAGCGCAUACGAGACACUCAUCAAGACCUUCCAGACCACAGCGUCCGACACCGAUCCCGCCUUCAAGCCAUACACGAGCAAUCCCGAGACACUCAAGAAGAUCGUCACAGAUACGAACGCCGUCGCGCAGGAGAAGGGGAUUGAAUCCGUCGUCAAUUUCGUAAAGUUUGCGGGCGAGAACGCGGCGCAGACGAGACCUGUGGUGGUACCCGCGCUCGUGGACAAAUGCUUUGGAUCAGCAAGAGCAGGAACCAAAAAUCAGGCCGUGGAGCUUGCUCUGCAGUAUGUCGAGGUUGAGAAUGGGGGUGCAGGCGUUGUGGAAGAUGUCCUGCCCGGUCUGGCAGCAAAGCAGCCCAAGACCGUGGCCGGCACUGUGCUCGCUCUCAAAGAGAUUGUCAGAUGCUUUGGUACCUCAGCGACACCGCCUGCCCCAGUACUAAAGGCACUCCCCAAGAUCUUCUCGCAUACAGACAAGACAGUUCGCGCAGAGGGGACAACGUUGACGCAUACUCUGUAUCAAUACCUUGGGUCUGGUAUAGAGAUGUUCCUUAAUGAUCUUAAGCCUGUGCAGGUCAAGGAGCUGAAGGAGGCGUUCGAGGCUAUGGAGAAGGAGGGAAAGGGCAAGGGCUCUGUCAAACCUGAACGCAUGACUAGAGCAGCUGCACGAGAUGCUGAGGCUCGAGAAAUGGCUGGUGGGGAUGACAGAACCGAAGACGCGCCGCAGGAGGAAGAGGCAUCUGUGGAUCCCCGGAUGCUCGCGGAGGAAGCAGACGUUGUGUCAAAACUACCUUCAAACAUACAGGCGGGCCUCACGUCAUCCAAAUGGAAGGAGCGCAAAGGAGUGUUAGAUGAGCUCUUGGCCUUGCUGAACCACACGCCACGCAUCAAAGGGGCCCCAGAGCUCGGGGACCUUGCGAAGUCUCUCGCCACAUGUAUACAAAAGGACGCGAACAUCAAUUGUGUCAUGACAGCCGCAAACUGCCUGGAAGGUCUGGCGAGGGGCAUGAUGAACUCUUUCGCGCGCUUCCGCGAAAGUGUAGUCGGUCCCAUGUUGGAGCGCAUGAAGGAGAGGAAGGCGAACGUUACGGACGCUAUCGGAGCAGCGCUGGACGCUGUCUUUGCCACAACCACAUUGCCCGACAUUCUUCCCGACAUUCUACCAGCGCUAAUCUCCAAGAACCCACAGGUUAAGGAAGGCACGUUGAAGUUCCUCGGUCGCUGUCUCGCGACAUCGACGACGCCCGUGCCUCCGGCGCAGAUCAAGCCUGUCUCUGAAGCGCUUGCCUCUCUGCUUGAAGAUUCCUUUGAAGGAGCUCGCAAUGAGGCCGCCACAUGCCUCGGUACUCUGAUGAAGAUGGUCGGCGAGCGACCGCUGAACGCUCUGAUGAACAGUCUCGCAGAUGUCCGAAAAGCGAAGGUCAAGGAGGCUCACGAGAAGGCGACUGUGAAGUGCAAGGCUGGCGGCGCGCCGAAGCCAGCCCCUCCCCCUGCCGCGAAGGAACCACCGAAGAAGAAGGCAGCACCUCCGAAGGCCGCGGUGCCUGCUCCUGCGGAGGCUGAGCAACUCGCCAAGAAGUCCGAGCCCGCCGUUGCCGGAGAUGACGACGAGCUGCUGCAGUCGAUCGAGAACAAGCCAGCCAAGAAGCCGCCAGCCCGAUUUUUGGCCAAGAAAGCUCCAGCAGCCGAUGCUGGCGACGAUGCAGCACCAGCAGCUCCGUCUGCACCCGCAGCAGCAGCGCCCCCUGUGAAGAAGGUCGUUCUUCCACCAGCGGCCGCUAAAUCAGGCAAGGCUGCUCCGCCUCCUGCUGCAGGGGCACUCGACACGUUCAAGUACAAGCACAGCUCCGAGGAUGCGGACGCCCUCGCUGCGGAGACGAUCCCGGAGAACUUCGCAGCGGGGCUCGGUGACUCGAACUGGAAGACCCGUCUCGCAACAUUAGAAGAAAUGACCGGUUGGGUAGAGAGCAGCGCCGAGUCUCUCGAUUCUGAAGUGGUCGUGAGAUUCCUCGGGAAGAAAGGGUGGGGCGAGAAGAACUUCCAAGUGUCAGCUAAGUUGUACGGCAUCCUGAACAUCCUGGCGGAACAUUGCCCGUCUUUCGGAAGAUCGUCGGUGGCACUAUGCAUCCCACACCUUACUGAGAAGCUAGGCGACGUGAAACUUAAGAAACCCGCCGGCGAAACUCUCAUGCUCUUCGGGGAAAAAACGUCCCUCCAAUUCGUCUUUGGACACGCAUAUGAGCCACUAUCGAAGCAAAAGGCACCCAAGGUUUUGGCCGAUGCUGUAACAUGGAUCGACCAAGCUGUCGUAGAGUUUGGAAUUGCCGGUCUUUCCUUACGCGCGUUGAUAGAGUUUCUCAAGACCGCGUUGGCGAACUCGAAUGCCGCUGUGCGUACCAGCGCCACGAAGGCACUCGUGACCGUCAAGCUCUUUGCGGGACCCAGUAUUAAGGAUCUCGUUGAAGAUCUCAACCCGCAGCUCCUGAAGACGAUCAUCGCUGAGUUCGACAGAGUCGAGGGAAACCCGGCACCGGAGCCUGUACGGACAUCAGCCGACCUAGCGAAUAUGGUGGCUACGUCAGGAGGCGGAGCCAGCAAGGCUGCUGCUGGAGGCGAUCCUUUGGACGACCUCUUCCCGCGCGUGGAGAUUGACGGUCUGCUGAAAGGCACCACUAUCCUCGCUGAUGCGAAGAGCGAUGCGUGGAAAACCAAAAAGGAGGCGCUUGAGACAUUGCAGGCGAUACUGGACCAAGGUGCUAACAAGCGCUUGAAGCCAACGAUGGGUGAGAUUGGCCAAGUUCUCAAGGCGCGGGUAACGGACAGCAACAAAGCUGUGCAGAGCCUUGCUCUGGAUAUCGUCGCACGUGUUGCUACCGGUAUGGGCAAGCCGUUCGAUAAGCAAUGUCGUUUCUUCGUUCUGCCCGUGUCGACCGUUCUCGCAGAUCAGAAAGCCCCUAUCCGUGCAUUAGCUGUACAAACUCUCACAGCGAUCGCGAACGCGUGCGAGACGCUAGAACCGAUGAUCCCAGGCAUCGCAACUGCGUUGGAGAGUGUCAAUCCACUGCAGCGAUCUUCCCUCAUGGGUUGGCUUGUCGAUUGGUUCAAGGAACACCCACCUACUCCCGGUCUCGACAUCAGUAGCUGGGCUGGUCAUAUCGUCUCUACCCUCGAUGACCGGAACGGCGAUGUAAGGAAGGCAGCGCAGGCCCUACUACCAACUCUUGUCUCGUCUGCAGGGCCCGACUACGUCAUGGCGCAAACAAAUUCGCUUAAGCCUGCCUCCAAGGCGACCGCUGUGCCGCUCAUCCAGGCUGCCCGAGGCUCCGCUCCUGCUGUGCCCGUUGCAGCACCUGCUCCAGCCAAGGCGUCGGCCGCGGCAAAAUCUGCUGCCAAACCUGCUGCUGCCAAACCUGCCUCCGCUGCCGCACCGUCACCGGCGGAAUCGCCUUCGCCAAGGGAAACCUCUCCGCCACCCACGGCAACCGCGAAGGCAGCGCCUGCCAGCAAACUUACCACUGUUCGUCGGAAACUGCCCCAAGGCUCAGUCUCCCGUCCCGAGUCGCGUGCUGAGACCCCUUCGGAUGCAACGGCGCCUUCUUCCACGUCUCGUCUUCCUAGUAAGCUGGCUACUGGUCUGAAGCGACCAGGAGUUAUGCCUGCCACCGCGAAGAGUUCCCCGCCAGCUGCCACUGCAUCUAUGCCUCUUACAGGUGCUAAUCCUGACGCAAAGAAGGCACGCUUAGCCAAGGACGCACAAAAGUGGAUCAACGAAAGCGGAACAACUCGCAAGGAUCUUGCAGAGUUGCUGCAGCAUCAAAUGGAGCCGCACGCCUCGAAAGAACUCAUCGGUGCUUUGUUCAGUCGCGAUCACAAUGCCGUGAACGACCAUGUUCUUGGUCUCAACAUAAUGUAUGAGUUCUACUCUGCAGUCGAGGCCAGCGAUGAGCGGUUCGGGCCGAUCGACGAAGUCAGGGCAGUAUGCAUAGCCAACUCGGACUUAGCCCUCAAGUAUGUAUCCAUGAAAGCGCACGAACCCCAGUCGAACUUGGUACAGAAAUGCUUGGAUGUGGUUGAGUCUGUGCUCGCAUUCUUCCAGUCGAUAGAUUAUCAGUCGUCGGAUAACGAGGCCGUGUGUUUCAUCCCGACGAUGAUUCACAAGCUUGGCGACGCACGCGAACCCGUGAGACUUAGGGUGCAACAGAUCAUUCAGACGCUUCCCAAAGUGUACGCAUUCAGCCGGGUCUCCUCCCUCCUACUGGAACAUGGCCUGAAGUCGAAGGUGGCUAAGACUCGGCAGGGCACACUUGAUGAGCUGGCUGGUAUCCUGAAGCGCUUCGGCAUCGGUGCCUGCGAGCCGGCAAAAGCAUUCCCGGUCAUCGCAUCCGCAAUCUCCGACAAGGAUCCCAACGUGAGGAAGUCCGCGCUCGCUGCUCUGAGGUCGGUCACUACGCCCGAAGGUUAUGUUCUUGUCGGCGAAAAAAUCUGGAAGCUCGUCGGGUCGCUUUCACCCAAGGACAAGACACAGCUAGAGGAACGACUGCGCCGUGUCGCAGGUCCCAGCACACCGGAGAAGGCCGAGAUCCCUGCUGCCGGUGCCCUGAUGUCCCGCCUUGCCACUCUUCAGCGUUCAGCGUCCCCUGUUCCUGGUGGCGCCUCUCGCGUAGGUGGCAUCCCUCGACCAUCGAGCCCGGCUGUCGCGCCAGUAUCUCGUCUUGCACGCCCUAUCUCGCCAGCAUACGGAGGAGCUCGCGCGACGUCACCUCAGCCGUCUAUUGCUAGCAAGAUGGCGACACCUAUGCGGGCUUCGAAGACGAUGCCUGCUGCCUCCUCUCACCUGCCUGCUCCUGCAUCUUCGAGUGGCAUCGGCAAGCCGAAAGGCUUCCCUCCUUCCCGUCUCACGGCUCCUCGCGGCCGUCCAAGCGAUCAACAGCACAUCCCAAGCCACUCACUCGCUGCUCAGCCAGAGCACGACGAGCCCGAUUUAUUGGCUGAGUCGCCGCCACACACAAACGGUAACGGGCAUGUCCACCAUCCCGACUUUGAUGAGCCGGUCCGUUCAGGGUCUUCCGACGACAUCACCGUGGCCAUCUCAAGUAUUCUGAGCAAUGAUCCCUCACGUAGUGUCGACGCACUGAAGAAGGUUCAGAAGGUGCUCGAGAUCUCACCUGAUGAGGGCCCAACGUCUUCUGCCUACCGCGAACUCGCUGAGCACACGGAAGGUCUCAUCGAAACGAUUACCCUGCAAAUGGCGCAUGUCUUCGAGCGCCCGGAUGAUGUCGCUGUGCCUGAAAACUUCAGGCUUGCCAAGCACCUCAUCCAGACUCUCAACGCCUUCUGCGAUCACGUCUUCCUCGCCGAGUCAUUAAACGGAGACAUCCUGACAUCUUUGCUGGAAGAGUUGACGCUUCGUCUCCUGCAAACCGACAAUAGUCCGGAUACGAAGGUUAAGGACUUGUCGCGCUUCAUCAACAUGAUCAUCCUGCGUAUAUUCGCUACUGCCAGGAGGAUGUCGGUUUUCCGCGCUCUAUUCCAACUCCUCCUGCAGAUUGUCAAGCCCUUCCCUGCAAACGGCACGUCUCCCGACUCGCAGGAGGCCAAGGUUGCCGAGCUCGUCCUGAAGUGUAUAUGGAAGCUUGCGCGGAACAUCCCACAAGACCUCGAGAAGUCGGCCCUUGAUCCGGUUGAGUUGUUCCCAGCCAUUGAGCACUUCCUGCAAUCCGUGCCUCCGAAUGAAUGGCGCGCGCGAUCAACGAACAAGGUGCCGUGCGGUGACAUGCCCUUGCGGACCGUUAAGGUCAUUAUCCAGCAUGUCGUCGCGCACUAUGGUGACGACGUCUAUGACCUGCUGUCGGCUUCGUUCGAUGACCCCUCAGCAACCAUCGUGUACCCGUAUGUCUACCGUAUUCUUAACUCAAGUACGCGGACAGCUACGGAAAUGCCAGCACGAGGAGCCGCCCUAGAUCGUGAACCGACGCCUCACGGAGAGUCUCCAGCUCUCAGCCGGCCCAUCUCUCCACAGGACACGAUCUCUUCACGACGGUCAUCUAGCCAUGGCCGAAGUCAAAGUCAAAGUCAAAGCGUGUCCUCCGUCAACGGCCAUGGCCGCAGCCCGUCACUGCCUGCACAGGAGCCGGACCCUGACGAGCAGCUCGUGGGGAUCAUCAAACAUAUAUCGAGUGAGACGACGGGUGCGAUGCACAAGGAAGGGAUCACCGAACUCCACCACUUCUUGAAGGCACAUCCGCAUAAGAAGGGUAAAGUUGACAAGAUGCUGGACUCGACUGGCCCGGCUUUCCGCAAGUAUAUAACGCGUGCGCUAGCAAGCAGAGCAGCCGAAGAUGAAGAGAGGAGCGUCGCGGUUGCGAAAACACUUUCAAGUACUUCUUCACCGUUCUCGACACAACGUGGCGCUAACCAAUUCCGACAGAACUAG